UGAAUUAAAUGCUAUUUUAACAACAGUUAGUGGAAUUGAAACUAAGAAGAAAGAAUUAGAAAAGGAUAAAUCUGCUGAAAUUCGUUUGCGCGAAAUCGAAGAAGAUUUGGUAAAAGUUGACGAAAGUAUACAUAGGGUGACUGUUGAAAUGAGGGAGUAUAAUGAUGCUACUAAGGGCAGAGCUGCAUAUGCAAAGUUCAAAGCCCUAGAGGAUGGAAGUAUUAUGUAUACUAUUGAAUCGCUUGGUGCUCAAAUGAUUGGUCAGGAAAUUGUUUUUCAGUUAGCAAAAAUUGAUGAUACUGACUUCAAUAGUAAAAUAGCAGCAACCGGAAGUCCUUUUGCUGCCGAUACCACCAAGCAAGGCGUUGAAAAUGGAAAGGCGGUCGGACCAGAAGGAUCGGGGGGAAUUGGAAGAAGGUAUGAAAAAAACGGAGUAGAAAUAAUAACCCAUGAAUAUAAUACAAAAGUCCCUACUCUUAAAUAUGAAGAUUUGUUCAAUUUUGUCCAUUUGCUAGCUCCUAUUACAGAUAUGAAGGGAAUAGAUGCACCUUUUUUUACUAAACUAGAUAACAAAAAAAAACUAGUAAAGGAGGGAAAUGCUCCUCAGGAAUUUUUGAAUAGCAAAUUCGCUUAUUUUGAUGACCCUAAUAAAGGAAAAGUUAUCAAUCUAAAAGAUGGCUUAGAAGGCUGGAUUAAACUUUACUACAUGAUCUUUCAAAAUAAGAGUAAUCGGGAAAAAGUUAUUCGUUCUGUUAAUGGGGAUGGCACUGUUGGAACUAGUAUUGAAAAUAUAUUAAUCACUAAUUACCAUGAUAGUACUUUUAAAAACGAUUGCAGUUACGAAUCAGAAUUAGAAGAUAAAGAGGGAAAUAAAAUAAGAGUUUUUGCUGUUUCUGACCCUAAUGAAGUGGCUAGUAUACUUGGAUUAAGGAAAAGAGCCCUUGAAACUAAAAAGAAACUUUUAGAAAAAAACGAACUCAAAGACCAGGGUCAAAUAGACCAUGAUCAUAAGAAAAAAAUCGAUGAUGAGCAAAGAAAACUCGAAGUGGAAGAAGGGAAAAUUGAUGCUUUAGUUAAAGACGAAAUUGCCGCUAAACAGAAAAAAGUUACCGACAUGAAUUUAACCGGUUUAAAAAAUGAAGGAAAAGACGGUAGACCUUUUAAACAAUCAACUAAUCAGACUAUUUUAGAUCUCAUUGAUUCUAAACGAAAAGAUUUUGAAAACCUUGGUACAGAUUUAGCCUCUAGAAUAACUGCUGCCAAAGCCGAUACUGAAAUUGGACUUGAACUUUUUCGAGAUGCUUACGAAGAAUUAGGAGACCAAACAGUAGUGAAUGCGAUUAAUGCUGAAUUAGCCAAAGACAAACCUCAGCAAAGCGCAAACGAGAGCGAUAUCAAAACUAUCUUCUUUGAUGUUUACUCUCCAACGGUGGCUGACAAGACCAAAUAUAAUGCUCUCCUGAAAUAUUUAAAAGAGAAUGGUGACGAUGAAGGAAAAAAAGAAUAUGAUGACAGCGAUGAUACUAAAAAAGCCGAAA